UAACAAGGGACUAUGUUUCUUGUCCUGGGAAAAAACAAAUUUGAGAAGUCCCUUGUUUGUUCCCAGGGCAAAGACCGACCCAGAAAAUCAAAUCCUCUCUUCACUCUUUCAUAACAUUGCACUUACAUAAACAUUCCAAAAUCCCAACAAAAAAAUGAUUCUCAAACCCUAUUUUCACCACUACAACGCUUCCCUCUCAUCAUCCCUCUCCUACUCCCGACCACUGCCAUGCAGGGUUCCCACUUUGAGACUACCCAAAGAUGCAAAUUACCGGGGCGUGUCCAUCCCCGUCACCUGCUCAACCUCAAGAUUCCGCAGAUAUGGGACCGUGGACUUUGAGCGCAUACCCACGGUGAAAUGGAACGCCAUAUACAAUAGCAUAUCGCUGAUGGAAAACCCUGAGCUGGGCUCUGCGAGCGUUCUGAACCAGUGGGAGAAAGAGGGCAGGAAACUCUCAAAAUGGGAGCUUUGUAGGGUGGUUAAGGAGUUGAGGAAGUACAAGAAGCACAAGCAAGCUCUUGAGGUGUAUGAUUGGAUGAAUGACAGAGGAGAGAGGUUUAUAUUAUCCACUAGUGAUGCUGCAAUUCAGUUAGAUCUUAUUGCCAAGGUUCAUGGAGUUUCUGGUGCUGAAGAUUAUUUCAUGAAGCUGCCAGAUUCUUUGAAGGACAGGAGGAUCUACGGAGCUCUUCUCAAUGUGUAUGUGAGGGCUACAAUGAGAGAAGAGGCAGAAUCGUUACUUGACAAAAUGAGAAUUAAAGAUUAUGCCACGCAUUCACUUCCUUUCAAUGUGAUGAUGACUCUCUAUAUGAACCUCAAGGAGUAUGAUAAAGUUGAGUCGAUGGUUUCAGAAAUGGUAGAGAAAAGCAUACCGCUAGAUAUAUAUUCGUAUAGUAUUUGGCUAUCAUCUCGUGGAUCACAAGGAUCUGCAGAAAAGAUGGAAGAAAUAUUUGAACAGAUGAAACUGGACAGAACCAUUAAUCCCAACUGGAGUACAUUCAGCACAAUGGCUACAAUGUACAUUAAGAUGGGGCAGUUUGAUAAAGCUGAAGAUUGCUUGAAGCAGGUGGAGAGUAGGAUAAAAGGCCGGAAUCGGAUACCUUAUCAUUAUCUCAUAAGUCUUUAUGGUAAUGUUGGUAACAAAGAAGAGGCUUAUCGUGUGUGGAAAGUUUACAAAACAAGUUUUCCAAUUAUUCCAAAUUUGGGAUACCAUGUUAUAAUAUCAACUCUUGUUAGGCUAGGUGAUAUCAAAAGGGCAGAAAAAAUUUACGAGGAAUGGUUACAGGUGAAAUCAUCUUUUGACCCUAGAAUUGGAAAUCUUCUCAUGGGUUGGUAUGUUAGGGAAGGAAGUUUGGAUAAAGCUGAGAGUUUCUUCAACCAUAUGAUCGAAGUCGGAGGAAAGCCAAAUUCAAGUACAUGGGAGAUUCUUGUUGAGAGGCACAUGGGAGAGAAGAGGAUUUCGGAGGCUUUAUCCUGCUGGAAAGAAGCUUUUAUGGCUGCACGAUCAAAGAGUUGGAGGCCAAAGCCUGUCAAUGUGUCUGCCUUCUUUAAGCUCUGCGAAGAAAAAGAUGACACAGAAAGCAAGGAGGUUUUGGUUGGACUAUUGAGGCAAUCAAGAUAUCUUGAAGAUGAAGCAUAUGCAUCACUCAUUGGUUUAUCACUUGGAGACAGCGGGGGCAGAUAAGGAUGGGUCUGAAGUGCUUCCCAACCAAUUUUAGAGUCGCCUGUGAUACUUCUGGUUCUGUUAUCUACGUAAGGUGCAGGGAAGUUCUUACUGGGGAUAGGUAUGCAUCACUCAUUGGGUUAUCACUUGGAGACCAAAAGAUCCCUUAUGUAUUGACUCUUCAUGUAAUUCUCAGCACUUUGUUACGAAUUAAACUGACGAGAGAAAGAAGCUUCUAAGCUAGAGGAAAUGUGAAACAACAAAAAAGAAAAGGAAUAUGUUAAGAGCUAGCUUUACUUUUAAUUAAUUUCAUUUCUCGAGACUUUUCGUUGA